GCGACGCCUGCAACAAACGCGUCUACGCCAUGGAGCGGCUCGAGGUCGACAAGCGAAUCCUGCACAAGAACUGCUUCCGCUGCUCAAAGUGCAACUGCGUGCUGAGAAUGGACACCUACACAUUUAAUGCAGGGAAACUAUUUUGCACGCCGCACUUCAAGCAGAUGUUCAAGACCAAGGGCAACUACGACGAGGGUUUCGGCCUCGAGUCGCGGACGAAGCACUGGAGCAGCAGCCACACGGACCACUCGGCCAGCAACGGCACCAAUGGCGCCGCACCGCGGCCGGGCAACACACCAGCCGAGACGAACGGCGGCAGCCCCGAGCCGCGUGACGCGGACGAUAACCUGGAGCCGCUGGAGCAGGAGGAGGAGGAGGAGCGGGAGCGGGAGCGGGAGCGGCAGGAGGAGGAGGACGAGGUCAUCCUCGCCCGCGACGAGGCCGAGCCGACCGCGGACGUGUUUCAAAAGGUGUACGAGUCGACGGUGGCGGAGAACAUGUGAUGCGAGCGACGAC